CCUCAGUUCUGAGAUCUGGCAAUUGAAGCUAUUAACAAUGGGACAAUAAUGAAAAACUGUCAAAUCACAAACUAAAAAGAACGAGUUUGACUGUUUGAUCAUGCAAUCAACAGUUUCCUCAUUUAACAAGCAUCAAACAAGUCUACACACUUUGUACACUUUGUACUGUUGCUUGAUGUAACUUCCAAGUGAAGCAGAUUGAGGCAGCUCAUUUUUGAAAGACAAUCACUGCAAACACACACAACAGCACUCAGCAUGUACUGUAUGUUGGCAGAGCAGGUAGCUCCUUUUAUCAGAUUCCAUUAAUGUGUUAGAAAGGCAGAUUAAUUAGGACCAACCAACUGAAGUGAUUUCACAUAAACACAGUUAAUUAAACACAAUUUCUAUUAACCUCCUAAUCAACAGUGCUCACACCUUUUCAUUUAUAGUUUUAUUCUCAUAGGUGAAUCCUGUCACUAAUUGCACCUUGGCAGCAGUCUGCCCUCAGGACCAGAGAACAAAUGCACAGAGAUGACAGGAUAUUUGAAUUCUCAACAUUAUUUGGCUUGUUCUGUCAUAAUUUUAAUCGUCUGAAACAAAAAAUCCUGCAAAACCAGAUCCCUACAACUGACACGACCAGAGGUGGAAGAAGCACUCAAACCCUCUACUUAAGUAAAAGUACCAACACAACAAAGUAAAAUUACAAGAAAAACUCCUGCAUUCAAAAUCCUACUUAAGUAAAAGUACAAAAGUAUUGUCGGCAAAUGUACUUAAGUAUCAAAAGUACUCAUUAUAUAGAAAAAUGUCCCUUGUGACUGAUGUGUUUGUUAUAUAUUAGAUUAUUAGAUAGAUUACUGAUGCACCAACAUGUACUGUAAGCAGCAUUUAACUGCUGUAGUUGAUCAUGGUGGAACUGGUUUUAACUUAUGUAGUUAGGUAGUUUAGUCCAGUGGUUCCCAAUCUUGGGGUCAGGCCCCCGCCAAAGGGUCACAAAAUAUAUUGGGGGUGGGGGAGGUUGGACAUGACCACAAAGCUUCAGCAGGCAAACCCCAGUUAAAGCCAGUUGCAAGUUUGACUGUAUGUAGUAAUGUGAAAUUUGAAUAUCUUGUCAACACAGAAACUUUUAUUAGCCCAUCAGAUGGUGUAAGGUUUCCAGAGUUAUGCUUCACUAUAGUUUGAAGUGCAUUAUAUUUUAUUCUUGCUGUGGAGUAUCAUGUCAACAUGUACCAGUGAAAUUUCAAGAGGCAUCCCUGUUGUACUUUGUUCUAGUAUUUUCCAUUUCUCUCUGUGGCCCUUACUGUCUGCUGAAGCUAUGACUAUGAGUGAGUGAAAAGGCCACUAGCCAGCCUGCAGUUUACAGUGUGUGAGAGAAAAGUGAUCAGAGUGAUAGUGACUUCCACCAUGAUAAAACUGGGUCAAUGUAACCCCCACCCCCUCCACCACAGGCAAGGCUGAAAAAGGAAAAAAAAAAGAUGAGGAUACCAUCAACAGACUCUGUGCGUGGAUAUAAGCAUUGGAACACUGGAGCGUGGUUUGCUUUCUCUAUGGUUUAUUCCAGAGGCAGGAUGAACAGGCUAGACGGCUCGGAGCAGGAAGUGUUUCAUUUCAGCUUUGCAUAAACCCAGAUGCCUCCACUCCCUCUUGAUGAGCGCAUAGUGGUCAUUCAGCGCCCUAAAAACUUAGCCCUGUGUGAGGCUUCCCCACAAACCAUCCCACAGCACUCCUCUCAAAUAUCAGCCUCUUCCAAUGGACAAGUCACCCACCCACCUCAUCUCCACCUUUCUCAGUCCCAUUUCUAUUCACCCUCCUGUAAAUCUCUGACUCUGGAAUGCAAGCACAGAUCCUCCCGUGUGCAGAAAUUCAAGGUCGACCAGCCUGUCAUCCCAGCGGGUGUCAGACACAUCCCUAGCCACUGCCAUAGCAAUGGUACAGUAACUCUCGGCCCACGGCUGCCCUCCCACACACAUACUAUUGAUAUCAGGGUGACAGUGGACAAAGGAGGACACAGAGGAGGAUUAACCAAGUCAUUAGGGCGCAGUGGAAGUGUAAAAGGUGGUAGAGCGAAAUGUGCCUCUUCACAGUUGGAUCAAGGACAAUGUGAGAGAAAAACUGGAACUGCAGGGAGGCCAGGUGGAGCUGAACACAAGCCACAACGAAGUCACCAUAGUCAGCUGUCAUCUUCCCCCGGAGGCGUCAUACAAUUCGUCCCCGCUCAGGCGCAGCAGCGUAGGUUCAGGAGUGAAAAGGAAAAGGAAAACACUAGUUUUCUUAACAGAGGCGACCAGGAAUUUCCCUCUCUAGGUCAUAAGAAGAAUUCCAAACUGGGAACUGUCCAUCAAAGCCAUAAUAGUCAUAGUCUACCCUACCACCACAACUCUGUCCCUGUGCCCCAUGCCGCCAUCCUAAACUCCAACUAUCCCUCAUCCCCUCCCUCCCAAUCCACCAAUGUCCCAAACUCAUUUCAGCAACUCAGCCAGCCACACCCAUCCCGCACCAGGGAUCACCGCCCUCACAUUCUUCAUGGUCUACCCCUCUCCCCCUGCUCUUCCAACGUUGGAGGGUUCCCCAGCCCUGACCAUACCUGCACCAUUGACUGUGCCCACCCAUUCAGUUGCGGCUGCUGGAGGUUGGUAAGAUGCAGAGGGUGUAAGGGACACUCUGCUAACUGCCAAGGAGGUGGAGGAAGCUCUUCCACCUCAUUUUCCUGUGUUCACAAUGUCGGAGUAGUGAAGAGAGGAGGCAAAGAAAUGGGCCUGAGAAAUCUGGGUGGGUGUCUCUCCACCGCCUCCACCUCCAACACCUCCUCUUCUAACAGUACUGUGUCUGACUGCAGAGCAAACUUGUUCAAACCUCUCCGCUGUGCCUCCUGCUCUGCUGAGGCCGGAAACUUUGAAAGCCCUGCUUUCCUUCGCAAAAAACUGGUAGGGGGAUGCCUGCCCUGUGCCCCGCUGUCCUCCUCUGCUCCUCUCCGGGCGAUACAAAGCUGCGUCACAGGCUGCAACCCCAAAGCCUCUCAGACAGGCAGCUCCACCUGCAGCUACUGCAGCAGCGAUCCCAUAGUGGUGACAUUCAACCCUCGCCGAGGCAAACCCCCAGGAAGAGGCAUUGGAGCAGCUCAUCCAAUGGGUAUGUUCCAAGCCGAUGAUGAUGACUACAGCGUGCGUACUAUCUGGCCUGAAGAACUGGCCAAGAAGAUGACCCAUUCUAAAGCCCAAAAGAAUCACUGUGCCGGGAUGGGAAUAGGAGUCGGGAAGACCUGUGCAAGCCAGGCCCAAAAUGGCAGUAACGGAACAGGCCUUGUCCCCUUGGACUGUCAAAACCUCCAGGAAUAUGCGCAGCCUCAGCUAACAGACCAUGCAGGCCGACGGCGGCUUCAGCAGGGAAAAAUGGCUGCCCUUGAUUUUAUGGGCUACAGGUCAGGAUCUGGGUAUGAUGAUGGCCGGAACUCACUGAAGAGGCUCUUGAAUAAAGCCGAAGAUGUAGGAAUGGGCGAUGGUCCUGAGCAAGACGGAGAUGCGGCAUAUCCACGUUCCCCCUCUCCCCGCUCUGCCUCUCCAUCGUCACCUGUGUCCUUUUCACCUCCACCGUCUGCCCCUAGCACACUCAUCAAACCCAAACCCUGGCAGAGAGACAGGGAGGGAGGACAUUCUCUGCCGUCGGCUCAGUCACUUCACCUGGCCCUCAACUCCCUGAACAGAGAGCAAGAUGAGGAGAACAGCAGAAUGCACCUUUCUCUGCCGCUCUCCUCUUCAUUGCCGGCUUCUCUAUCCGAUGAGACUGUGAUGACUCCUGAUGCAGAGAACGCCGUUGUCAGUCCCAUCCUGCCCUUCUUGUUUCUGGGAAACGAGAGAGACGCAGAGGACCUGGACCUGCUGCUGCGCCUCAACAUUGGCUACGUGGUCAACGUGACCACACACCUGCCCCUCUACCACGUCAACUCUGGGCUGCGCUACAAAAGACUGCCAGCCACCGAUAACAGCAAGCAAAACCUUCGACAAUACUUUGAGGAGGUUUUUGAGUUCAUUGAGGAGGCAUAUCAGAGUGGACAGGGAGUGCUGGUACACUGCCAGGCAGGCGUGUCCCGUUCUGCAACCAUUGUCAUCGCCUACCUUAUGAAGCACACCCUCAUGACAAUGACAGAUGCCUACAAAUACGUGCGGAGCCGUCGUCCAGUGGUGUCCCCGAAUCUAAACUUCAUGGGCCAGCUUUUGGAGUUUGAGAGGGACCUCAACUCUGGGGUGACUCCUCGUAUCCUGAUGCCUAAACUUAAUGGUGUGGAGACGCAGGUGUAAGAAAGGUCAGGGGUCAGGAGCGUGUAUGAAGAGAGAAACUAGAGAGAUUAAAGUGGCAUUAAUGAGUUUUAAAGAAAGAGCGCAGCACAUUUUGGAAGAGAGACAUGAUCAGAAAAUUGGUGGUGUGUUUGGAAAUUAGUGCACUUUUACUACUGUGAAACAUGAGACAAAAGACUGGAUGCUACAUUUGUUUAAGAAGUAACUCUUGGACAACAUGAUCAUCAUCCAGUAUACUGUUUAUAAGAUAAUGUGCCAAUAUUUUGUAUAGACCUAACAUCACUCUCAGAUAUCUCAUUUCUUUUUUUCUGAUGCAUCUUCCUUUUUGUUCCCAUCGUUUACAUUCACAGCCACACAGAAAUACAGUGACUUUGUUGCCAUUAAUCAUAAAUGCAUGCAGAACAGGAACACAAACAUUGAAAGGGUUCAUUGGUAAUGUCCUACUUCAUCUCCAACACCACCGAUGUUUUCACCACAUGUAGCAACACACAGAUUAUUACAAUGCACUUUACUUCCCAUGUAUUUGUUUCAUUAUCACCAAGUAAAUUCUCACAAGGGUGAGAAGAAUUUGUCACACAGACCUCAGUUACUGUUUUUGGUUAAUAUUAUCAUGUCUAUGGAUUUUUUUCCUAUUUGAGAACUGUGAAAUAGAGCGGCAUGGACCUAGUAGGUAGCACUAAGUAGCAUUAACCUGGGAAACGUAUCACAAAAGGGACAAACAGCUCAUGGAAAUGUGUAAGAAUGGUUAUAUUUCAGUGAAGCCGCCUGUAUAUUAGCAAAGAAAACGUAUUGCAAGUCUGAAAUGAUGCUGAGCACUGAAAACCUCUCAUGAGUGAGCCGUUCACAGGGUUGGAGUAACAAUAUAAUGCAAGUACAGCUGUCAGUAACAGUGAAGUGUCAGUGUUAAUGUGUGUAAAUAAAAAAUAAAUUCUCAUAUGCAGGCUGAUACACUGAAAUAAGAUCAUUAGAAACACAUUUACUGCAGAGCUGAAACCACAACUCAGCAGUACUUUCAGAGAUUUUUUUAUGCACACUAUGAUUUACAGUUUAUUUGACUGGAGUCGUGGGUUGGCAGGUAUUGUCCUGCUGUAAUAAUGUGCUUUAAAACAGACCUUUUCCAACUGUG